AUGUUGUCUAUUUUUGUAAUUCUGCUUACAGCAGAGCUGACGAAUGUGAAUGAGCUUGAUGCUGAGCUUGUCAGGAGGCUGCAAGACUUUGUUGGUGUAUCAAAUGGAACCUUGGAUACUUGCAGCAUGGCCAUCUUAGCCUUCCUCUACAUCUACCUCUCCGUCUUUGCUGGGUCAGGGUAAGAUUGAAAAUUGAUAGAGGGAAUUAUAUAGGAGUGUUAACAUAGGGUAAUACUAAUCUUGGCACCCAAGAACCAAAUCUCUAAUGCCCUAAUGAACAUGACAGACCCCAUGCUAGUGAGGAAGACUUGGGCAGCUGGGAGCUGGGCAGAUGCUAAGGAGUAGGCCUAAUCGGGGUUGACGUGGGCGGCGCUAGGCUAGCGUGUUUGAGAGAGGAGUGGACAGGCUCUGACAGGACGGACAGCCGCUAAUUAGAGGCUGGCACUGGGCCAACGCUGCAGCCUUAACAAGUCUGGAAGUGUUUGUCCCUGGGGAGAGGAGCUCCACAAUUAGUUUAGAGCAUCCUCGUUUCCUGUCUUCCCAAAAGGAGCCUGACUGUCAUGGACAUUGACAGCGGAGCAAGUCUACUCAGCUCACACCCAUGCACAUAUGUACACCACACUAGUCGUUCACAAUGAGAAGGACUGCUGUGCCUAGGUCCUUUGGCCAGUUUGAUUAAGAUCACAGGAAGUGUGCUUUCUGGAUAUUUUUGCUGUAUGAGCUGUUGCAAAGUAUAAGGUUUUUGUGUGAGAUGGUUGCCCAAAAGCUUCUUACAAACAGUAGCAGGUACAAAAAAAUAGCACCGUUUUAAAGUGAUUUCAUGGAAAGUGUUUAUUUAUUGUAUCUUUUUCACCCAAAUUAUAUAGUUUUCCCCCUAGCCUAUCUAAAUAGGCUGAAUAAAAUCAUACUACAUUCCUAUUCCUAGAUAUAAGCACAUCUAAACUGAGAAUGUUUGCAGUAAUUGAAUUUGGUUCAUGGUUCUGUUCAAUCUCAGGGAGAUACCCAGCCUGACGGUGUCUGUGUGGUCAGAGUUGCCAACUGGAGCGGGUCUGGGGUCCAGUGCUGCCUACUCUGUGUGCCUGGCUGCAGCUCUGCUCUCUGCCAGUGGAACCAUCCCUUCUCCACUGAGUGACCAGGAAAGCACAGCCAGGUAAUGACUUCACAACAAAUUGUCUACUAGAUCUAAUAACAUUGCAACAUUUAAAUUGUUGUUGACCUGUCAUCUUUCCACUCCCUCCUCUCUACAUUCUCUUCCUCCGUUUCUGCUGCUAAAGCCACUUUCUACCACUCUAAAUGUCAAGCCUCUGCCUCUAACCCUAGGAAGCUCUUUGCCACCUUCUCCUCCCUGCUGAAUCCUCCUCCUCCUCCCCCUCCCUCCUCCCUCUCUGUGAAUGACUUCGUCAAUUUUGAAAAGAAGAUCCUCAUUUAUUAAGUCAAAUGACACCGCUGGUCCUGCUCGCACUGACCUACCCUAUGCUUUGACUUCUUUCUCCCCUCUCUCUCCAGAUGAAAUCUUGCGACUUGUGACGGCCGGCCGCCCAACAACCUGCCCGCUUGAGCCUAUCCCCUCCUCUCUUCUCCAGACCAUUUCCGGAGACCUUUUCCCUUACCUCACCUCGCUCAUCAACUCAUCCUUGUCCGCUGGCUAUGUCCCUUCCAUCUUCAAAGAAGCGAGAGUUGCACCCCUCCUCAAAAAACCUACACUCGAUCCCUCCAACAACUACAGACCAGUAUCCCUUCUUUCUUUUCUCUCCAAAAUUCUUGAGCGUGCCGUCUAUAGCCAACUCUCCUGCUAUCUCUCACAGAAUGACCUUCUUGAUCCAAACCAGUCAGGUUUCAAGACUGGUCAUUCAACUGAGACUGCUCUUCUCUGUGUCACGGAGGCUCUCCGCACUGCUAAAGCUAACUCUCUCUCCUCUGCUCUCAUCCUUCUAGACCUAUUUGCUGCCUUUGAUACUGUGAACCAUCAGAUCCUCCUCUCCACCCUCUCCGAGUUGGGCAUCUCCGGCGCGGCUCACUCUUGGAUUGCGUCCUACCUGACAGGUCGCUCCUACCAGGUGGCGUGGCGAGAAUCUGUCGCCGCACCACGUUCUCUCACCACUGGUGUCCCCCAGGGCUCAGUUCUAGGCCCUCUCCUAUUCUCUCUAUACACCAAGUCACUUGGCUCUGUCAUAUCCUCACAUGGUCUCUCCUAUCAUUGCUACGCAGACGACACACAAUUAAUCUUCUCCUUUCCCCCUUCUGAUAACCAGGUGGCGAAUCGCAUCUCUGCAUGUCUAGCAGACAUAUCAGUGUGGAUGUCGGAUCAUCACCUCAAGCUGAACCUUGGCAAGACGGAGCUGCUCUUCCUCUCAGGGAAGGACUGCCCGCUCCAUGAUCUCGCCAUCGCGGUUGACAACUUCAUUGUGUCCUCCUCCCAGAGUGCAAAGAACCUUGGCGUGACCCUGGACAACACCCUGUCGUUCUCUGCUAACAUCAAAGCGGUGACCCGAUCCUGUAGGUUCAUGCUCUACAACAUUCGCAUAGUACGACCCUACCUUACACAGGUAGCGGCACAGGUCCUAAUCCAGGCACUUGUCAUCUCCCGUCUGGAUUACUGCAACUCGCUGUUGGCUGGGCUCCCUGCCUGUGCCAUUAAACCACUACAACUCCUCCAGAACGCUGCAGCCCGUCUGGUGUUCAACCUUCCCAAGUUCUCUCACGUCACCCCACUCCUCCGCACACUCCACUGGCUUCCAGUUGAAGCUCGCAUCUACUACAAGACCAUGGUGCUUGCCUAUGGAGCUGUGAGGGGAACGGCACCUCAUUACCUUCAGGCUCUGAUCAGUCCCUACACCCAAACGAGGACAUUGCGUUCUUCCACCUCUGGCCUGCUGGUCCCCCUACCUCUGCGGAAGCACAGUUCCCGCUCAGCCCAGUCAAAACUGUUCACUGCUCUGGCACCCCAAUGGUGGAACAAGCUCCCUCACGACGCCAGGACAGCGGAGUCACUGACCACCUUCCUGGAGACACUUGAAAGCCUACCUCUUUAAGGAAUACCUGGGAUAGUAUAAAAGUAAUCCUUCUACCCCCCCCCACAAAAUAGAUAUAUAAAAAAAAUAUAUAUAUAAUAUAUAUAUAAUUAUAAUGGAAAAUUUGUUUUUUUUUAAAUAAAAAAAUAACAAAAAUAAAACAAUAAAAAACAUUUGUAAAGUGGUUGUCCCACUGGCUAUCAUAAGGUGAAUGCACCAAUUUGUAAGUCGCUCUGGAUAAGAGCGUCUGCUAAAUGACGUAAAUGUAAUGUAAAUGUUGUUUAUUGGAACAAUUUGUCUUAGUCUGCAUGCACUGUAGUUUAUUUAGAGUACUUGCACCACUAGCAGAGUCCUGGGAUAUGUUAUUCCACCUUCCAGACAGUCAGACAAUGCAUGGUUCUCUCACAGUAACUAGUAUGUCCUAAUAUAUUCUGCCCACAAUGUGAAUGAUUUGCUUCCGUUUGGCCACAGUUUCCCCAGCAUGAGUAAUUCAUCUGUAGUUUUAGGGUUAUGAAAAAUGGUACAACGUUUUUCCAGCAGAAUUCUUGCCAUUAUGUUGAGUUAGUGUUAGUACAGUGGGUCCUACAUAUUGUUUUACAGUCAUCUUCACAGAUUUAGAUAGUUUUCAGAUCCCGAUUUAUCCUAAAUGUAUUGGGUACUGCCGCCACUGGAGGAUUCUGAAAAUCAGUUAGGACUUUGUUACUGAUGUCCUCACAUGUUAGUAUGGGUGGGGCUGGGCUCAUCACAAGCACAGAGUGAGGGACAGCAGGGCAAUGCAGAUAGGGCUUGAAUGCCCAGUGUAAAUCCUCAUUGUAAUCAUCUCUCCUUGAUUUCAUUAUGUUUCAUUAUGUUUCAACAGGUGGGGUGAGGUGGAGAUGGAGCUGAUCGACAGGUGGGCGUUUCAGGGUGAGAGGAUCAUCCAUGGGAACCCGUCAGGGGUGGACAACGCUGUGGGGACAUGGGGUAAGACCUGGAUCCCUCUGCCUUGUGCACGCAACAGCACAGACACCACAGUACCAUACAGCUUUGUGUUGUGAUGUAUGAUACUAUGAAUGAUGCAACUGUGUAUGUGGACAAUACAAUGGAAUGAUAUGAUACAAUCUGGCAACAUUUGUUGUCUGCAAAACUCACAGUAUUGUAGGGAUUUAUCUUGUUGAAUGAUCUCUGCGAGAAGGCAGACGUUAUUUAUGCGGAUAUUACAGGAAACAGAGGGGAAAUGUGCUGCAGUAGUCCUUUGUGUGUUGCGAGGGCUGCGGUCAGAAAAUGCUUGCUCUUUUGUGUUCUUUAUUUUCAUCUAAUGCCCAUUUCUUUCACUUUACCUUGACUCUUUUAGGUGGCAUAUUGAGAUACCAUUCUGGGAAGAUAACACCCAUAAGCAGGUAUUGAACAGUGUUUAGCUUAACAAAUCCCCUUUCCAUUUAAGUGCAGUGAAUAUGCUCAAUGGGCCUAAUUUACAUUGACAGAUUUACAGACUGUGAUAGCAGGCAUCAUUUUAAAGUAGUCUACUGGGGUUGGGAAGGGAUCCCAGAAUGUCAUCCAGGUCAGUGGCUGGGAUCAGCCAAUGAAUUAUACACUUGAGCGAACAUUCCAGCACGGCAGGUGGAAUUAAAUCCCCAAGUGAAGUUGAAAUGGACUACUUUAGAAUGAAGACGGCCCUCCAUGGCGUUGCCCCUGCUGUCACAAAAGUGAUCAAUGGAAAAGAUAGGCAGUGCUCGCUCUCUAUGGACUCCACUCUACUAUUGCCACUCAUAUGAGGGAAACAAUAACAACACCUGAACAAUUACAGGUGCACCAUGUGGUAUGAUAUUGCUAACUUGCCUUUUUUAUUUUCCCAUUUGCAGGGUCCCAAUGUUAAGGAUCCUACUCACAAACACCAAGGUCCCUCGCAGCACCAAGGUACUUGUUGCUGGAGUGAAGGACAAAAUGAACAAGGUACUAAAUGGCUGCCAUCUUGUCUCCCCUGUGUUCACCUCCCCAGCCCUGUAAUUAGUGUAAUUAGGGCCCUGUGUAGCUCAGUUGGUAGAGCAUGGCGCUUGCAACGCCAGGGUUGUGGGUUCGAUUUCCACGGGGGGCCAGUAUGAAAAAUGUAUGCACUCACUAACUGUAAGUCGCUCUGGAUAAGAGCGUCUGCUAAAUUACUCAAAUGUAAAUGUAAUCGCCAGUGCUUUCAUUUGUAUGGGAAAGGCAUUGGGUGCCUCUGGGUCAUUCCAUGUCAUUUCAAUCACUUUCUGACUGCACCCCUUUUGAUUUGAACAAAACCUUCCAAACAUGUUUGCCCCUGGUAGAAGUGGUCAGAAAGUGAAUGCCCAAACAUUCAGGAGAUAGAGGUGCUCAAAGUUGACCCAUUUUGCGUAAACUACCCUACCAUGUGUUCAUCACUGAAAAAGAGAAAUGGUUGAGUUUGAUAUAAUCUGAAAGUUUACAAACGGGGUUGUCAAACUAUUUUAUAAUUUAUUUCAAAAAAUAUUUGUAAAAAGUCUUUUUUGUACCUUUUUAAAAUCAAUUAUCUAAAAACGUGAUUUUUUUUCAUGUUCAUACCUGUUGUAGCUUAGACCCAAUUUUACAUCAUCAGAGGUGUUUGGGAUGUGUCCACCAUUGGUUGAGACAGCAUGCUCUUGAAUACAGCGUGGGUGUCAUGUUUUGACUGAUUUAAUUAACAAAAAAGCCAAUACAAUUUAAAUGUCUACUUUCAAAUGGUACCACAAAGAUGGUUGGAGGUCCAUACAUCAGAGAAUGUUGACUCGAGUGGGAAUAUCCAUUGUUUUAAAAUUAACUGUCAAUCUUCCACUGGAAACCUAUUGAAAUCAUAGAAAUAUAGAUUAUAGAAUAGACUUUCCCAUUCAAGUUGACUUUCGACGGUGGGUGGACUGGCGGCUAUCUUUCUGGUAGUAAUUGAAAUGGAAAUAGGUCCAUUCUAUGAAUUCUGUUUCUAUGACUGAAAUGACACCCACCCUGUAUUCAAGAGAAUGCUGUGUCUCAACUGAUGACAACACACAUACAUUUUAUAUUUAAAAAAUUAUGUAGAAAUUCUAAAAUUAUUUCACAACCCUUUUUGUAAGCUUUCAAAUGCUAUCAAACUCAACCGUAUAUCUUUUCAGUGGGAGAGCAAUGUUUUCACUCAGCACUGAGUGACUGGCUUAUUGUGCCACUGCUGCUGUACAGUAUCUACAGACUGUUUUAAUGAAUAUGAUCACUAGAUGAGAUGAUAUGAACAUUUGCUGCUUUAGUCUGCACUGUUGACUUCCUUUAGUAUAUAUAGUGUUGUUAAAUUCCUUUACAUUGAAUUCCCAAUUAUUUGUAAAAAGUAUUAAUUCUAUGUUUAUUUGCUGUUCUCCCCCCAGUUUCCCUCUAUUAUAAAACCUGUACUGGAAUCUGUGAAUGCAGUCUCCUGCACCUGCGAGCAGACCUUAUCAGAGAUGGCCAGCGACACCCCCACACCCAGCACUACAAUGUCCUGGAGGUGCGGUAUGGAAACACAUGCACACAUGUUGCCUAUGGACAGUGUGUUCUGGUGGUGCAGACACACUAUCAGUGUGACACAGUGUAGGAAUGAUUCCCUUCCUCUUACACAUGGUAAAGACUACAGCUGCAUGAAAAUACAUAAUAUAGAACAAAAUAGUAUUUUCAUGCAACAAUAAAAACUACAGCUGCUAUUCUGUCUCCUGUAGGAACUCAUUGACAUCAACCAGCACCACCUGAACGUGAUGGGUGUAGGACACCCGCCCCUGGACACCCUGUGCCGGGUCACCCUGGCAAGAGGGCUACACAGCAAGCUGACUGGUGCCGGCGGAGGGGGCUGUGGCAUCACCCUGCUUAGACCAGGUAAUGUAGCUCACUAUCUACUUACCUCCCUAUCUGGCUUACAGUGGUCAAGUGGGGAUGUUCCUAUUUAUUGUUACACGCAUCGCCAUCAUCUUUGGUCCUCACCUUCAUUUUGGGUUAGAGAGUUGCUGACGGCCCAGUUGCCAUUUCUAUUUGUAAUGAAUCGUGUGACCUUUUAAAAGUGCGAGAUCUGUGAAAUGACUUCUGCAUGCUGAUUGUAUGGAUUGUAUUGAUUGGACGGAGAGCCAAAAUAUGGGGGGGGGGUUCUUUCCUGCUUGGAAAUCUCUACCAUAGUCAUCCUCAUCUCUGUAUUGUCAAUCCCACGGCAUAGAGAAGUGGGGCUAUCUCAGUACGACAAGAGGAUCCUGUUUGUCACUAUCUUCCACAAAAACAAAACGGGCAGAGAACCUGUCUGAAUCCACUGCCUUCUUUGUUUAUGCCUGCAGCCUGUAACACAUUGAAUUUUAAAUCAGCUAAAGAUCUCCUAAAUAUAUCCCCAACUGAUGUUGAUAUGCUUUGUUGUACUAGCAAGCAAGUGUUGCACAUUUUUGUGGUUUGAAGCUGUUUUCCAAAAAGUUUACUCAAGUGUCUGUUUUCCCUCCCCAGUGCUCUCAGAUCAGCUUUGGGCUGAAAGGCUUUGAUUUGAGGUAGAGCAGGGACGAGCAUGCAGCAAAGUAACCUGCUAUCCUCCUGCCUUGUUCAAAUCCACCACUGUCUGGUGACGUGCUAAAUAUGUAUCAUUUCUUUGCUGAUGAGCAUUGUAAUGUUUUUUUCUCCACAGAGAUGUACUUUAGCUUACAGUUGGCUCUUCAGCUAAAUAAAUACUACUAUUACUAAUAAUACAGUAUGUGCUAUUUUGCAGAUGCUUUCAUCCAAAGGGACUUACUGUACACAGUACAGACAGUGAGAGCAUAAAUUGUUUUGUAUAUUUGACACCUACGGGAAUUGAACCCACACAACCAUGGCAUUGCUAGUGCCACGCUCUUCCCAACUUAUGCCGGGCAUACACUACACGAUUUCACCACAAAUUUGCCAAGUUGUUGCCAUCCCAUGCGAAUUUUCAUGAUCAGGGUGAAACCCUAUGAACUUGGACUAGGAUCAGUACGUCGGGACUUGCGUAGUUUGAGCGGAUCAAGGACUCACCGAUGAUGGCUUUUCUGUCCCGAUAAUUUUCUGACAUGCCCGAAAUGUUGUUGUGCAUCCUGUAGUAUGAGCAGUGCUACGACGCGAUUAGACAAGGACUACUUCUAAUAGCCAAUGAGCACUCAGCAUGUGAGACCAAAACAAUGAUGGCUAAGAGGAAAGCAACAACAUGCAGGUUGUCACUAGUUACCACAGCCACAGUCAAAAUUGUCUAUAUUGUAUACAUUUCUGUACAUUUUUAUUUUUAUAUUUUUGUCUUCAUUUAACCCUUGGCCUACAAUGAAAUAUUUUUAAUUUUUAAUUUUUAAUCCCCAUUAAAAUCCAUCUGUUUAAGCUAGAGAUAUGUGCAUGGGCCGCGUCUCAAUCCACCAUAUCCGCGGAUAUCGCCCUUCCGCAUCUGCGGUGAAAGGUGGCAGAGCUAGAGUGGUGUUUGUCUCAGACCAUGAAUCAUCCCGAAAAUUGGUCUUCUCACGAAAACGUCUGUAGCGUCCGAAGGGUUUGGCCUGGAAACUAUUAGGACCACUCUAUUGAAAGCUGAGACUCUCACGAACACGAUGUUCUCUGUUUUGCUCUAGAACCCCACAAGCCUCACAAGACUCGUCUGAAGUUGGUACAGGCUCUUCUGCCAACUUCUGUCUGUAGCUUCAGAACGGUUUGGGAUACACACUAAUAUGACCCCUCUGUGGAAAGCUGAGACUCUCACGAACACAAUGGUGUUCUCCCUAGGAUGCUCACAAGACUCAUCUGAAGGCCCCCAGUGCCAGUUUUUAAAAAAAUAUGGAAGUAUAUAUGGAGAUAGUUUAGUGCCUAAAAUAAAUUAUAAUAAUAGUUUCUUGAUCUUUCAGAUAUAGGACAGACACUUCAGAACAAACUCCCUUUUGAUUUUUUUGGGGACUAUCUGUUGUUCCAUGUAGUGAAUCUGUUAUUCAAUGCGUUUCUAUUGGCUAAUAGCAGUAAUGCCAAAUUCAAUGUUUAAUCCCCCAACAUUUUUUAUAUACUUUUUUGAUACCUUAAGGGAUCUUAAAAUUCAAAAUCAAAUGGCUAAAGGAUCCUUGGUAUGACCAUCUUAAAACAUUCCAUAUGUUAGCUUAGAACCCCCGCUCCCCUGGCUUAGACCGGUCGUAGACUCUAGAGGGUUAAGGUUAGGCAUAAUGUUAGCAGUGGUUAGGUUUCAAAUAAUAUUUUAAGAAGAGACAUUUUUUAAAUAGACGGGGGUUAGCCAUAAUUAUGACAGAUUGGUGGAGCUGUGGAGAGAACGCAGCUGUCUUUUCAACAUUAAACGUUUUCACCUCCAAUUCCCUCUGUAGAAUAUAAGUAAAAUUGUCCACGUCUGCCCAACCAUUUGCAGAUCUAUCCAUAUCUCUUUUUGACGUUUCAGCACAUAAUAAUGUGCACACUUAUAAAGCAGCUCGCUGUUUGCGUGACGGCAUUUUUUUCGUAUGACAACCAAAAAACGUAGGGCAAGAUCAACUAGGGGACCAUUGUGUAAUGUGAGCACCCACAUCCUGGGGUUGAGGAUGGAUGGAAUGAAAGAUUUGGGACAAGGAAAUCGGGAGAUGUGGGCAUGUCCAAGUUGUUAAGACUUUAGAAGCCCAGCAUUAGCCACACAUGACCACAGAUAUCCUGAGGCGGUUCAGGUUAAAUGCCCUCCUCCAAAGUCAGUUUCUCAAAGCCCUGGUCAUGCAAACAUUUCCUUUGCUGCAUGGAGAGGCUCUCCGCUCUCCCUUAUUUGACACAUUCACACCCUAAGUGUUUUAGCCCUAACCUGUGUUUUACACAUUUUUAAAUCCAGUUAUUUGUUUUGUCCCAUUAUUUGGCACCCCUGGUGUGUGCCCUUCUGCUGUUUGCUAGAGAGGGCUUUGUGAGCUGCUCUCACAGCGGCCAUCAGACACUCACCCUCCACCUCCUAGUGGAAGUGUCCCAGCACAGAGCUCUAGGGUGCGUCCAGGGUAUAGGGUGCCAUUUGAGUAGCAGACGUAGUCAUUCUCAGAGAUUAAUUAGGUAAAAACCUCAGCAGAUGUAAACAAAUCCUCUAGCACAGUAGGCACGAACGGAGGGGUAAAAACGGAGGAGUUGUGUGUUUGAAUGUAGCUCACUGUAUGUGAUUGUUUUGUUUGUUUUACUUUGUGAUUUCUUCUGGUAGAAACGGAGUGCUUGGUGGUCCAGGACACUAUCCAGGACUUGAGAGACUGUGGCUAUGACUGCUGGGAGACCAGUAUCGGUGCAGCAGGCGUGCAGCAGCACUCUCCCCUCGCUGUGAAAGAGGAGGUCCUGGAGGUUUUAGCACGUUACUGA